AUGUCAUCCAACUCCACGGCCGAUAAUGAGUGUGCGGCGGACGACAACCUGUGUAUAAUCCGGGUGCAUCAGCAGGCAGUGAUCAUCGUCCCUACGCUGCUCCUUUUCUCCAGUCUGAUCACUUUACUGGUCCUGUUCAUCAAGAGGUUUUGUCCCGGACGGAAGCGGACGCGGACCACCGCCCCUAAACGCUACCACAACUCGACACACAGGCAGACACAGAGGCACAGCAAUAGAAGUCACCUGCAGGGUAUCGAUGCACCACCUGGGAUAAACCCACUGGAACAUGAGGAGCUGCCGAUGUCAGUUCAACAGGUGCAGCACAGUGUGGUGUCCACUCCUGCUGCAGUACCACAGAUGUCCAGAGAGAGGCAUCGUGGAGCCUUCAGCCAGAUCACUGCCCUGCCACUGUCCUUUUCCAUCAAACCUAAUAACACAGUCACCCUGUACAGAGCACGCAUGGAUAACAAGGAUGUCGUCCUGAGGGUGCUGAAAGAUACAGCAAACAGCAGUGAGAAGCAGCACUUCCUGGGUUUUGCCUCCUUUGUGUCUGGACUGGGGCCGCACCCCUUCCUACCUGCACUGAUGGGUGUGGUUACAGUGCAGUCGCCCCCGACGAUGGUCGUAGAGGAGCUGCAGCACAGAGACCUGCUGGGGUUCCUCUGGAGGUGUAGACAGGAUAACCCCAGUUUUGAGGCUACAUGUGACUUGACAGAGAAGAGGAUCUUCAUCAUGGCGGGACAAGUGGCCUCUGCUCUGGAGUACCUGCACAGUCAGGGCUGCGUUCAUGGCAACGUGGGAGCUCGCAGCGUUCUGGUUGGUGGAGAUCUGACGGCAAAGCUGUGGGGAUUGGGCUCCGUCUACCGCAAGAGGACGCAGGUCGAUUCACCGGGACAAACGGAGGACAUGGAGCUGAGAAAGUGGCAGGCGCCCGAAGUGCUGUCCGGAAGACCCGUCAGUCAGAGCAGUGAUGUAUGGUCCUUUGGUAUCCUGCUCUAUGAAAUGGUCACAUUAGGUGACCCACCGUUUCCUCAGUUGAUGGCCACUGAACUGCUGCAGUAUCUCCAGAGAGGAAGGAAUCUGGAUCGACCGGCUUCAUGCUCCAGCUCACUGUACGCCAUCAUUAAAUCGUGCUGCCAGUGGAGUGCCCAGCAACGGCUCCCCAUGUCGGACCUGAUUCGAAAGCUUCAGGCGGGAGAGAGAUCAGCCAAUGGGAGCGCAGUUCUCAGAGUGCCUGAACCACUCAGCAUCGAGAGAUACCUGCGGGAGGCGGGAUAUGGAGAGGGAUACAACUAUGCCGUGCUAUGA